UUACUUUGAAAAAUGUUAGACCGGAAUAUAAUCCUCGUAAUUCCGGUGGCAAAAAUGUCGGAAGAAGGAAACCAAAUAGAAGAAUUUGAACAAAUAGACUUUUUAAAAGAUCGACAUGUGCGAUUCUUUCAAAGAUCGCUUCAGGUGUUACCCGAGAGAUAUUCCUCAUUAGAAACCACCAGGUUGACCAUCGUGUUCUUCGCACUGUCUGGUCUAGACGUAUUGGAUGCUCUUCAUGUCAUUGAUAAGGACAACAUGAUUGAGUGGAUCUACUCCCUCCAGGUCUUACCCACCGAGGACGAAUCCAAUAUGCAGCGCUGUGGCUUUCGGGGAUCAUCGCAUAUUGGACUUCCUUACAGCUCCAAGGGUCCAGGGAUGGCCCAUCCGUACGACAGCGGCCACAUAGCCAUGACCUACACGGGCCUGGCUUCCCUGCUGUUGCUAGGAGACGACCUGAGUCGGGUCAACAAGCGGGCCUGUCUGACCGGCUUGAAGGCGCUGCAGCUUGAGGAUGGCAGUUUCUACGCAGUGCCGGAGGGAAGUGAGAACGACAUGCGGUUCAUCUACUGCGCUGCCUGCAUCUGCUACAUGCUGGACGACUGGUCUGGGAUGGACAUCCACAAGGCCAUCGAGUACAUAAGGAGGAGUAUGUCGUACGACAACGGGAUUGGCCAGGGAGCGGGACUGGAGUCACAUGGAGGCUCCACAUUCUGCGCCGUGGCCUCCCUGAGGCUCAUGGGCCGGCUGGAGGAGACGCUGAGCGAGCGCGAGCUGGACCGCAUCCGGCGCUGGUGCAUCAUGAGGCAGCAGACGGGCUUCCACGGUCGGCCCAACAAGCCCGUGGACACGUGCUACUCCUUCUGGGUGGGCGCCACGCUGGAGCUGCUGGAUGUGUUCCAAUACACUAACUACGAGAAGAACAGGAACUACAUCCUGUCCACUCAGGACCGGCUGGUGGGAGGCUUCGCUAAAUGGCCCGACAGCCACCCAGACCCGCUCCACGCCUACUUCGGCCUGUGCGGUCUGUCUCUGCUGGGUGAGCCCGAACUGAUGAAGGUUCACCCGGCUCUUAACGUCACCCAGAGAGCCUUCCAGCACCUCCAGCAGCUGCAGCAGGCAUGGAGGGACAACGUGAGCAGCUGUACCUGACAGCACCACCCCGAUCCCCACCAACACCACCCACCC